ACUUAACCACUGGUGUCAACUUAAGGCUAACUAGGAAGUGGUUGUUUUAGUUCACCUGCGAUCAGCUGAUGAUGGCAUCAUCCAUAAACAUCUUGAAAGCCGACUCUGUUCUUCGUCUCAGUACUUUUUUAAAACGUUGGAAACCGGCAUGGCUAGUUCUUUAUGGGAAUGGUGAGCUGCGGUACUUUGAAAGUAAGGAUGAUUAUGUAGCGAAAGCGACUAUUAAUGUUCCACGAAUAUGCAGAGAAAUUCUAUCUGGUCACCGAAAUAUCGAUCCACCUAAAGAUCGUUCUAGCGAGUGCAUUUUCGGCCUCAGGACAGAUGAAUCUAAUUGGUAUUUCUGCGCCCAGUCACCUGAUGACGCAGUAGUAUGGCGUCUUGCUUUAUCUGAAGUAAAAGGGAUGUCCAUCCCUCGCUAUCGAGUUCGUAUGCCACCUCCAGAAGCUCCACCACCAGGAUAUACAGAUGGCACAAACUACUAUCAAUACGCAUGUCCUGCUGAAACUACAGUUCCUUUAUACCAAGCUUCUGGAGGAAUGCGGGAAGUACCUAUUAUAUACCGUGGUUCAGAUGGUGAAUAUAUAAUGCCACGACAGAUUAUUGAACAUCCUGAUGGAUCGCGUACAAUUAUCCUUGGUGAUGGAAAUGAAAUUCCAUGUCAUUGUCGACAUGGUUAUUAUUGUGGAUGUGGUUAUGGUUUUGGUGAUGCAGCUUUAUUAGGUUUAGCAGCUGGUACACUUAUGUGGUCUCCAUUCUUAUGGUUCCCAUUUUUCUGGUGUUGAUAAAGUCGAUGAUAAGGAUGUGGUUGAUUUACACAAACACUGUCAGAAUUUUGUCACAAUACUCACAUUUGUAAUUCGCUUUUUAUCCAUUUUGUUGAGGUUGUUUUUUGUUGUUAUAAGGUGGUAGUUGACUAAUGAAUAUUUUUCAUUUCAUGCUAUCAUAGUAUCAUUUUUCAUCAUUUUUCUUGUGUUCUCUCUGUGUAUCUCUCUCUCAAGUGGAUAUUCAGGUGUGUUUUUUUUGUUAAAUAGUAAUUUCUACUUGUUUUGUUUUCUCAUUCACUGUGAUCAUAUUCACCUAUUUCUUUAUCUUAUUAACAUAAGAAUAUUUUUGGAAUACUUUGUUUUAUUCAUAUUGUGAAUUGUGCUUUUCUGAUAAAACAAUAAUAAUAAUAAUAUAUAUCAUAAGGGGUUUUGUGGAUAUUAUAGUCAUUUUAAUCGUUGAGAUCAUGAGUCCAUUGAAG